AUGCCGCCUGCUUCAUCGGGUGCUUGGAGCUUAGAGGAUUGUCUCGACAAGCGGACUGAAACUACUGCACCAAGCAAUAAACAAAAUACAAAGAAAACACCAGUCUUGCGUUUGGCAAGCUGGAACGUUAGGACCAUGUGUCCUGGCAUCACAGACAAUCUACUUGAGGUUGAUGACACCCGCAAAACAGCGAUCAUCGACCGUGAGCUAAAGAGGCUCAACAUUGACAUUGCUGCUUUGCAAGAGACAAGACUCUCUUCAGAUGGCAGUAUUAGAGAGGAAGACUACACUAUAUUUUGGCAGGGCAGAGAACCGCAGGAAAGGCGACAGCAUGGUGUUGGAUUUGCAGUAAGGAACUCCUUACUCUCCUCAAUUGAACCACCAAGCAGAGGCACAGAACGCAUCCUCUCACUUCGACUGCAAACCGCCUCAGGUCCAGUGAACAUCCUGAGCUGUUACGCACCAACCCUCUGCAGCUCUGUGGAGACCAAGGAUCAAUUCUAUGAGCACCUGGACUCUGUCAUUGCGAACAUUCCUGCCAACGAGAACCUAUUCCUACUAGGAGAUUUCAAUGCACGGGUGGGCACGGAUCAUGACUCCUGGCCCAAAUGCAUCGGACACUUCGGCAUUGGAAAACUGAACGAAAAUGGUCAAAGAUUGCUAGAAGUCUGCUCCUAUCACGACCUAUGCAUUACGAACACAUUCUUCUCCACAAAACCAUGCCACAAGGUAUCCUGGAGACAUCCCAGGUCUCAUCACUGGCACCAGCUUGACCUUGUUAUUACACGAACUUCAUCCUUAAACAGCGUCCAAGUCACCCGUAGUUACCACAGCGCUGAUUGUGACACAGACCAUUCACUGAUUGCCAGCAGGGUGCGCCUUCAGCCCAGGCGAAUACAUCGCUCAAAGCAGAAAGGUCGCCCCCGCAUAAACACUGCCAAGAUAUCAAAUCCUGACUUGCAUGAUCUCUUCGCCGAUUCCAUCGAACAGGCCCUCCAGGACUGUCCUUCUACUAGUGCUGAAGAGAGAUGGAAUCACAUUCGCGAUGCUAUCCAUCACUCAGCCAUGGAAAUAUAUGGCAAAAGAGAAAAGCAAAACCCAGACUGGUUUGUAGCUGGAAUCGCAGAAUUGGAGCCUGUCAUCGAAGCAAAGCGAGCAGCACUCACUAACUACAAGAGUGAUCCAUCUGUGAAGACACUCACAGCUCUACGAACAGCAAGGAUGGAUGCCAAACGGGUUGCUAGACGCUGUGCCAACGAUUACUGGUUGAGCCUUUGCCAGAGCAUCCAACUGGCUGCAGAUAACGGCAACACCCAGGGCAUGUACGCAGGCAUAAAAAAGGUCUUUGGACCAACCAUCAAGAAGACAUUACAACUCAAAGCAUCCACAGGGGAGGUUAUCACAGACAAAGAGCUUCAAAUGGAAAGAUGGAUUGAGCACUAUCAAGAGCUGUACUCACGGGAGAUUGAGGUCAAUGAAGCUACCAUUGAGAGUAUUGAAAGCCUACCUGUCAUGGAAGAUCUUGAUAGUGAACCAUCCAUAGAAGAGCUGAAAAAGGCUGUGAACUCCCUUUCCUCGGGUAAGGCCCCAGGAAAAGAUGGCAUACCCUCGGACAUAAUCAAAGUCGGAAAGGACACAGGUCUUCUACGCCAUCUCUAUGAGCUUCUCUGCCAAUGCUGGAAAGAGGGAACGAUUCCACAUGAUAUGCGUGAUGCUAACAUCAUUACCUUGUACAAGAACAAAGGGGAUCGCAGUGAGUGCAAUAACUAUCGUGGAAUAUCCCUCCUAAGCACUGUUGGGAAGACGUUUGCCCGUGUGAUCCUGAGCAGACUGCAAACGCUUGCAGCCCGUGUGUACCCAGAAUCGCAGUGUGGUUUUCGGGCUGGAAGAUCAACAAUCUAA